AUUACGUACACAUUGUGGUUGUUUGUCAUCCCGCCGAACCGUCUAAUCUCAACCUGCGACAGCCGCAGCAAACAUCAGCUCCAACACCAACCCCAGGUCUUGGCGUUUCUUCCCCUUCAGCUCGACCGUCGGACUUCAAAGCAUCUUUGUCAUCUUUCACCGUUUGUCCGAUAUCAACCCCAGUCUCCCGCUUCUCUCCUCCAUCCCUUUUUGAACCCAACAAUCAUCGACUGUGACUUUCAUGAUGCGAUAUCCUGAAGGUGACCUAGCAAUCCUCGGCGUCGAGACCUAUCCCAACCCCCUCGUCCAGACACCGGCUCGAUCCCGAUCGACUCGUCAGUCAAACUCUACUGUUGCAAGCCAACGACCUGAAGAGGGGGGUCCGCGGAAACGUCCAAGACUACAAGGGGCCGAUGGCGGGACGCGCGAAAAAGAUGAAACUAAACGGGCCCGCGGACGUCCACGGUUGGACGUCAGUGAUGAGACUGCUGCUGACCGUCGACGAACUCAGAUACGUCUAGCACAACGUGCAUAUCGGAACCGCAAAGAGACCGCAAUACAAACAUUGGAGAAACAAGUCCAAAAUCUACAAAAGGUCAACAGGGAAAUGAGCAAUGCUUUUAUGAAAUUCCAUGACUUCGCUGUGGCCAGCGGUUUACUGGACAGUUCUUCCGAGUUAGGCAGACAACUCCUCGCUACCAAGGAAAGGUUCAUCACUAUCACACCAGCCGGCGGUGACGUCAUUGACGCAAAUGACGACCAUGAAGGACGGCGACGAGGAAGUACGAGUACAACUGACUCCAUUGGAAGUGAUCGCAGGCGAAAGGGAACUAUACAACCAGAGAGUCAAAGAAAUUCCCCGGAGUAUACGAUAGAACCAUCGGCCCCCGAGUCACCCCCACAGCUUUACCCAGGUCUCACCAUCACUCACGAGCCAAUCUCGCAAAGCUACCUGACAACUCACCCGGAUACAGACUUGAGUCUUUCCAUACCAACCAGCAACCAGGCAGCUGAAUUCCAUCCAACCACCACCGCCCCAUCUCUCCCCAAGACCUUCGACUUUGCCACAAUAGACUUCAACCUCGACUUCCUCACCCAACCCCAACCACAACCCCAACCACAACCUCCGAUCCCCUCCCCCUUUUCCUCCCUCCCCGCCCCAUCCUCCUACGCCUCGCACGAAAUCACCUUCGGCCGCCGCUACCAGCGCUUCGCCGUCGAGCGCGCCCACAUGCUCGUCACCAUGCCCAACCCGCCUAUCGACAAGCUCAGCAAAGCCUUCGGCUUCUGCCUCCUCUUCGAGUCACCCGACAUGAUCUUCCAGCGCACGCUCAAAGCCAUUGCCAGGAGCGCCGGCGAAAGCCUCUACAACUGGCAGUACCCGUUCUACCACCUCGGCGGGGCCGGGACGCACAACUUACAACAAAUUGCUGGACCCGGAGGACCCCUCCUGAAUAGCACCCUCACCUUGGAAGCGGGCAUGAGGAUGCACUUGAACUUUGUGCAGGUCGGUAACCAAGGGACAAUCGACAUUCUGAAACCACAUGCCGAGUUGACGGCGGGCUUCGGCAUGGGACCGUUCCCGCCUGCUGUCAAUAAUGCGAGGGAUAACUUUCUGGAUAGGGACAUGAAGAUGUGUCUCCCCGGUUUUGGUGGGACGUAUUACGAUUGCGACGAGGUGGAGUUUUACUUCCACCAGAGAGGGGUGGUGAUCCCACCCGGAGCGGAUUCGUAUACCGUGGAGAUUUACCCGGCACAAUUUGGGGUUGGUGCUGGUGCUGGUGGAGGAGGAGGAGGACCAGGGUCAGGGUCAGGGUCGUUGGAGGAGGAACUGGACUUGGCUUGUCUUGACUCGAUUGUUAGUCAGAACUGCGCUCCUCCAGCACCUGCUGCUGCAUAUGUGGUGGGAUCACCGCCUUCUUCGAUGGACUGUUACAGUUCGAACUCAAUUAUUAGCGUUGAUGAUCUCCCGCUUUCCGGUUACCAACAACAACCACCCUCUACGACGACGACAAAUAAACCACUCACACCCAGCGGCUGCUCCAUGUCCAGCUCCCUCUCACCCCCCUCAACAACCGCCUGCGAGGAUUGGGCUGCUUGGUUUUUGGGUGCCGCCCCAGCGCCUAACGAUAGCAGCUUCGACUUUUCCGAAUCUUCCUUGCCGGACAAUAAUAACAUAUACAUGUCCCCCAAGAGUUCGGAUUCAGCACGCUCGGCUACGGGUUCCUCCUCCGAUCAACCACCACCAGUUCCAUCUACUACCACUACUACUACAAGCUAUUCAUCGCCACCAGUACCACCACCAAGACAGCGGCCACCACAGCAAAUGUGGAAUCAGCGCAUGUUGGUGACGAUAGACGUCAAUCAGCUGGUGAACGAGCUUACCGAACGUGCCAUUUGUCUUGGGAGGACGCCGGGCAUUAGGGUGGAGGAGAUCAAUGCUGCUUUUUGGAAGAGUGUUUCGAUGUCUGUGACGUUGUAGGUAAGGUACCUAGGGAAUCGGUUAUGGUGUUUUUUCUUUUUCUUUCUUUUUUGGAUUUUGGUUUUGGGUUUAGCUGGGUUGCCUGGAGUUAUGGAUUGUAUUAGUUUUAGGGUUUUGGGGUGAGUGUCGUCGGCUUUUGAUGUACGUUUAUGUGUAUGAUUAGGGCGUGAUGAAAUGAAUAUCUGUAUUGGACAUCGUACCCACACAUAACGUGUAAUUGUAAUUGUUUGGGAUAAUCUAAGACGCAGUGCCAUGUUACCGGGGAACUGAGAACAGGAAGAAAAUCAUGGUGAAAGAGCAAAAGAGGAGGAGGAGGGGUGGCAUGAAGAAUGGAAAGAUUAAAGGAAGGAAGGAAGGAACAAACGAGGGACAACUGGCAAGGACCACAAACUACCACCGGUAGGG